GUCAAAGUUUCAAUCCAGUUCAUAUGCCAGACUUUGUAAGUUGAGGGUGUGUGUGUGGGUGUGGUUGAGGGUGAGUAAAGAGAGCAACGAUACCCACACUCACAACCUCAUCCUCAUCCACACCCACACCCAGCCAUCACUAAUGUAAAACUUCUAAUUUUCAGAAAACUAGUCGGCCACUGUCUCCUCCAAGGCCGCGUUUUGAUGAUAGAAAAUUAUCGAAAAAAGAUCAUCUUACCUAUCGCUUACUUCUUCACCCUGUUCCAAAGACAUGUUCCAUUCGUACAAUCACUAAUCAUUCGGUAUUCGACGGUAAAGUGUCUAAUUAUGAACAAUAUGGAGAAAAUCUUAUUCUUGAUCUUUCAAGCAAAACUAUAUUUGAGCAAUGUAUACAUUAUGCAGCGGUAAAAAUUGAGAACUGUCUUUUUCACAUGGAAGAAUAUGUAGGUACUCAUGAGCCAACUAGUAUGGCGGAGAUCAAUGCUGAGACUUGGUAUAAAACAGAAAUGCUUCGAUAUCAACCAGACAUUAAACAAUUUAUGAGCAACCUUCAACACAUCAUAUUUCAUUCCAGAUGGAAUGCUCAGAUAUGGCUCGAGCAAUUUCAACGUAUUGCAUCUCAUCAAAAUCAUAAAAUUUGUCAUUUACUUCGUAUGACAGUGAUGUUGAAUACUAUUGGCACAAUAUGUCAGAGAAGUUACACGAUCAAUGAUCGAGAAAUCAGAUUGAAAGUAAGUAAUCAAAUGAAAACAAUUAUUUACGAUCAUCGAUCAAAACUGGUACAUGCUGGAGAAAUACCGAUAACAGUCACACCGUACAAAACGACUGUUGUCGAAGUCGUUAAAGACAACGGUAUUGAUGUUUAUGAACGCUUAGUUAAGAAUGGUAAACGACCACUUCUUCUGCAAAUGACAAAUUGGAAAUAUCCCGGUAGUGAAUAUCAAAGCAAUAAUGCAACUCAAGAAGAAUGUCUCUUUCGACAGUCCGAUUAUAUUCGAAGUCUUAACGUCGAUCUCGAUCGCGUUCAUCAAGAACGACCGAAUCGUGUUCAUUGUUCGGCUGAUUGUCGAUUGAAUUCUUUAUCUGAUCAGAAAGAUUUACAUAGAAUUGAUGAAUUCGGUGCAAUUUACACAUCAGGUGUGACCAUCUUUCGUCGAGGAGAAGAAACCGGUUAUGCCUGCAUGGAAAAACCAGUAGAAAAUGUCUGCGUAAUAACAACAAGUGCCUAUGACAAACCCAGCCUAGUAAAUGGCAUGCUGCCGACCAAAUAUGCUAUGGGGACACGAAAAAAAAUCGAAAAUAUAUUUGCUAUCGCUUAUCAUCACAAACAUGAUUGUCUUGUUUUAUCAAGUUUCGCUUGUGAAAUAAAUGAAAAUCCCGUCGAUCAUAUCGUGCAAUUGUUUUCUUCAGUCAUCGAACAAUAUGGUGGAUUUUUUAAAUCAAUCCUAUUCGCCAUUCCUGAUGAUCGUGACCUUAAUCGUCAUCCCAAUUCGAAAAGAACGUACCGAACAUUUCAAAAACUUGAUGGUACAGUAAAUUCCAUCACGCUCAUGAAAAGAGCUAAUACUAUAUUUGGACCUUAUCGAAUAUUAUCCGACAAUAAAAUGGCCAAUCAUAUUUGCAUAUGCGAUUUACCACCAUGUCAGUUCGGUGGCAAAUGCAACGAGAGAAUUAAUCCAAAUCAUAUACAAAAAUUCUCUCAUCCACCUUUAUGCGUCAAAGCUUCUCUGACUGGCAAAUGUGAUCAGAUGGAUAAUGUCGUUCAUAUCUCUUCAUAUCUUCAUCAAGUUCAAUGUCGAUAUGGCGGUGAAUGUCGAGAGAUUGAUAAUGAAAAACAUAGUCAACAAUUUGAGCAUCCAUCGUUUUGUUCAGCAGGAGGUACUUGCGCGAAUGUCAGUGAAGAACAUCUCCGAAAUCAUCGUCAUUUACCAUUGUGUAACUAUGGGCGCGAUUGUCUAGAUUUGAAAAAACAAAUUAGAGCACAUUGUAAUUCGUAUCGUCAUUGUACACCAAAUUGUCCACACAAAGAUUAUUGUGCGGAUUUUCACGAUAAGAAACAUAUGGAUACCUAUCAACAUCCGUUUCCACCUGUUUGUCCUUUCACUCCAUAUCAUUGUCAAUUUCAUAAUGAGUUAACACAAGCAUCCGACAGUCACAAAGUUUCAAACGAAGCUCAACAACAUUGUUUGGAUUUUGCCCAUCUUUGUAGAUUUGGUCGUAAUUGUACCAGUACAAAUUCAUUACAUACGAGAACAUCAGUUCAUGUAGCUCGGUGUCUUUGUCCAAAUGGUGAUAAGUGUACUCUACUUAAUCAAGAAGAACAUUUAAAUUCAUUUACACAUGAGACGAUCUUUGAUAUUCGACGUUUGUGUAAAUUUUCUAACGAAUGUCGGGAUCGUGGUAAAUUGGAACAUACGAGUAAAUUUCGGCAUGAUCUUCGCUCGGAUGAUAGCGGUGUUGUUCGAUGUUUUGGUUUGAACAAGGAUAUUGAUUUUGUUCAGAAUCAAACAGCAACUCUGACACGUGUGCAACACUAUAUUGAUAGUCAAAAAUGGGAACCAUUAUCAUCAGAAUCUAUUCUACAAAAAAUUCUUCGUUGGUUACGUACUGUUCAACCUGUUCAUCGGUGUAAUCCGGUUAUAUUCGAAUCGAUCAUUCUUCAUGGACAUGUCAUGAGUCGAUCCUAUAUGGAGAAAUUGAAAAGACCACAGUUUGUAGCUAAUUCUGUUUUGCAUCAUAGUCGCAUACGACGUAUUGAAGCUUUAUCUGUUCAAUCAAUGGAACACCGUACCAAAGAAUAUAUUACUGCUUUAGUUGAAGCCGAAUUCGAUAAGAAUGGUUUUCCAAGUUCAGGUCAACCGACAACAACAACAACAACCGAUAAAGCCAUUGAUACAACUUUGACGAACGCAUCGGCUCACGCAAUUGCAACAAAGAGAAAAGAAAACUUGAUAUCAGCUUCGAUUUCAUCAAAUGAUAUGGAUGUAAUACGCAGAAUAACAAUGGAAAUUGCUCAAGCUUCGAUUAAACUACAUUCAAAUCCAGCUGGAAUUGGUUACUCAAGAGAUGUACUGCUAGGAACUGACAGAACGAUUUUCAGUGUGCUCGGCCCGCAUCUGGGGCACUACUAUGGGGACGUUGUCAUUGUUUUCAAACGUGAAAUCUUGCAUCAUCCAGAUGCAGAAUUUUCUAUUCAAGCAGGAACUUCAUUUGCUAGUGGAAACGCAUAUUCUUGGCGUCCAUGGCUAGGUUCUGAUCCUGGUUCUGACGAUGAAAGAAUCAAACUAUUUCAUCAUUCGAAAUUCCAUGCAUCUGUACCUGGCUAUGAUUAUGCCGUUGCUUUGGAAUUAAUGGCUAUGACAAGUUCGUAUUUUAACAAGGCAACAAUGAAUAUUGAUCUUCAAACAAUCAUACAACGGUGGUUACUAGCUGAUUCACACCAAAAUAUUGAAGCUCACUUGCCUCAACUCAUUCCAUUGGAUUAUAUUGAUCAUAUUUAUAUGCCACA